AUGAAUUAUGUGACAUUUAAUUAGAUGAAGAUUUAUAAAAAGGUGGAAGAGAAGUGGCGUGAAAACUGUAUAUGAGGCCGUCCAAAGAAUGAAAGAAAGAAAGAAACACUUUUACAUCUAUCUAUCUAUCUGCCACCCCACGCGCAAUCAUCUUUAUAUAUAUUAAUCUUCUCCUCUGCUUCUUUUUUAUACAACAUUCUUUCUCUCUUUCAUUUGCUAAUACAAUAUAUAACACCUCUCCUCUCUUUAUUCAAUACACAUCUCUCUCUCUCUCUCUUCCAUUCCUUCUUUCAACAACAAUAUCAUCACAUCAACCCAAAUUUCUCUCAGAGAGAUCAUCAUCAUCAUCAUCAAUGGAUAUGGAAUCAUGUGUACCACCAGGAUUUAGAUUUCAUCCAACAGAAGAGGAACUUGUGGGGUAUUAUCUGAACAGGAAGAUUAACUCACUCAAAAUUGAUCUAGAUGUUAUUGUUGAGGUUGAUCUCUAUAAAAUUGAACCAUGGGACAUACAAGAUAAAUGCAAGCUAGGAUAUGAGCAACAGAAUGAGUGGUAUUUUUUCAGCCACAAAGAUAAAAAGUAUCCAACAGGAACAAGAACUAACAGGGCAACUGCUGCUGGAUUUUGGAAAGCAACUGGAAGGGAUAAAGCUGUUACUUCAAAAAACAGAAUCAUUGGAAUGAGGAAGACUCUUGUUUUUUACAAAGGACGUGCCCCUAAUGGAAGGAAAACUGACUGGAUUAUGCAUGAAUAUAGGCAUCAAACCUCUGAACAUGCCCCUCCACAGGAAGAAGGAUGGGUUGUGUGCAGAGCAUUUAGAAAGCCUAGUCCAAGCCACAGGCCAGGUUUUGAACCAUGGUGUAGUAGUAGUAGUAGUCAACAUCAACAUCAACAUCAACAACCACACUAUUUCAGAGAUGAAACCUAUUCAACAACAAGACCCUUAUCAAUAACAGAUAUUUUUCAUGAAGGUACAAGUUAUAGUCACCCUUUUAGCACAGAACAGCAACAGUUUCUAUCAAACCAAACACUUAUUAUGGACAAAAACCUCAUUGAACUUCCACAACUAGAAGAAUGUAACCAAUUACAACAUCACAAUAAUGAAGAUUGCAAUGAAGAAAGGAGCAAUAACAAUAUAGUAGAUUGGAAAAGCUUGGACAACUUGUUCACUUCACAAUUUACAGAUACAACAACAGCUAAUUACUUUUCACAUCAAAACUUGCCAUUGAUGAUACCUCAUAGUCAUCAUGAGCUGCAAUCUUCAAAUCAAGCUAAUCAUAUCUUAGGAUGCUUUCCUGAUUCAUAACUUGAGUGUCAUUAUAUAAUCCAUAUUAUAUAGCCAAUAAAUAAAAUUCAAGUCUCUAAGUAUAUGAUGAUAUGGAUUCAUUAUAUCUUAGUUUUCCAUUUCAUCUUAAUUACCACAAGCUAAUUUAGAAGUUGCUGCUGAUAUUAUAUUAUUAUUAUUAUUUUUGUGAUGAUGGAGAUUAAUUCACUUGAAGAGUGAUUAAUCUCCUUUUGUUUAGAGUUCAUAAGAGAAGACACUUUCUUUUAUUUUUUUCUUUCUUUUUGGUAUCAAUAUAAGUUUAACUUUGUAAUGUGUCCUUGGCUAUAUGUCACUCAUAAAUGUACAUUCUCUUUUUUUGCAUGCAUAGUGUGGCUUUAUUUUGCUUUAA